AUGGAGCUUCACCAAGAUGAAAGUUCUCCGCUCCAGCAGAGUCAAAUCUCAGUACAGAGAUCAGAUUCUCCAGUACCCAGCUGUAUCUCCAUGAAGAGUGACAGAUCUAUGGAUCAUCCUUUCAAAUUUAGAAAUGAAGAUUCAUCAUUUGGACCCAGUCCAAUCUCAGUACAUAGAUCAGAUUCUCCAGUACUCAGCUGUAUCUCCAUGAAGAGUGACAGAUCUAUGGAUAUUCCUUUCAAGUUUAGAGAUGGAAAUCCAUUAUUUGGUCCCAGGUCUGACUUUAUAUCGGCUGGAAGUGAAGUCCAGAAGAAGCUCAAAUUAAACCUGAUAAAGAAGUUUCAGUGUGUAAAUGAAGUGAUCACAAAGCAGGGAAACCCAACACAUCUGAAUGAGAUCUACACCGAGCUCUAUAUCACAGAGGGAGAAAGUGGAAAAGUCAAUCAUGAACAUGAGGUGAGGCAGAUCGAGGCAGCAUCCAGGACAGCAACAGCAGAGGACACGCCCAUCAAAUGUAACAACAUCUUUAAACCUUUAUCAGACCAAGAUGUACCCAUCAGGACUGUCCUGACUAAGGGUGUCGCUGGCAUCGGAAAAACCGUCUCUGUACAGAAUUUCAUUCUGGAUUGGGCUGAAGGGAAAGAGAAUCAGGACGUCCACCUCAUAUUUCCACUUCCUUUCAGAGAGCUGAAUUUAAUGAAGGACCACAAACUGAGUCUGAUGGAUCUCCUUCAUUUCUAUUUUCAGGAGAUAAAAGAAACUGACAUUUCCAGCUUGUACAAAGUUCUGUUUAUUUUUGAUGGGUUGGAUGAGUGUCGUUUACCUCUAGAUCUCCAGAACUCAGUGAGAUUAAGUGAUGUAAAUGAAUCAGCAUCAGUUCAUAUGCUGCUGAUGAACCUGAUCAAAGGGAAUCUGCUUCCUUCUGCUCUGAUCUGGAUCACCUCCCGUCCAGCAGCAGCUGAUCAGAUCCCCUCUGAGUGUAUCGAUCGAGUGACGGAGGUACGAGGAUUCACUGACCCAAAGAAGGAGGAGUACUUCAGGAAGAGGGUCAGUGAUCAGAGUCUGGCCAGUAGAAUCAUCUCACACCUGAAGUCAUUAAGAAGCCUCUACAUCAUGUGUCACAUUCCGGUCUUCUGCUGGAUUACAGCCACAGUUCUAGAGAGGAUGUUUGGUGAAGCAGAGAGUGGAGAGAUCCCCAAAACUCUGACUCAAAUGUACACCCACUUCCUCAUCAUUCAGACCAACGUCAUCAGAAAAAAGUACAUGAAGAAUCAGGAGGAAGAAGGAGAAAUGAUCCUCAAACUGGGAAAACUGGCUUUUGAGCAGCUGAUGAAAGGAAACCUGAUCUUCUAUGAGGAAGAUCUGAUGGAGUGUGGCAUUGAUGCUCAAGAAGCCUCUGUGUACUCAGGUGUGUGUACACAGAUCUUCAGAGAGGAGUUUGGACUUCACCAGAGUAAAGUGUACUGCUUUGUUCAUCUGAGCACUCAGGAACAUCUCGCAGCUCUAUAUGUGCACCUGACCUUCAUGAAUGAAAAGAAAAAUUUUCUUCAACAGAGUGAGUCCUCAAAACUGAGGAUCCUGAAGAUAAAACAAAUCUCAGUUCUACACAAGAGUGCUGUAGAUCAGGCGUUACAGAGUAAGAAUGGACAUCUGGAUAUUUUUCUUCGCUUUUUUCUGGGUCUCUCACUGACGUCCAAUCAGAAUCUCUUACAAGCCUUAGUGACACAAACAGGAAGUGACUCUCACAACAAACAGAAAACAGUUCAGUACAUUAAGAAGAAGAUCAGUGAGAAUCCCUUAACAGAGAAAUCCAUCAAUCUGUUCCACUGUCUGAAUGAACUGGAGGAUGAUUCACUAGUUCAGGAGAUCCAACAAUACCUGAAAUCUGGAGAACUACAACAAACCAAACUCUCUGAUUCUCAGUGGUCAGCUCUGGUCUUUAUGUUACUGACAUCAGCAGAUAAGCUGGAUGUGUUUAACCUGAAUGAUUAUACCAACAAAUACAUCUCACCAGAUGAGGUUUUUAGGAAAAUGAUGCCAGUGGUUGCAGCAUCCAGAGCAGUUCGUUGUGAUCGGCUUGGUAAGUGUGAUCUGAAAGAUGAAAGUUAUGAAGCUCUGACAUCAGUGCUCAGCUUAGAAUCCUCCAGUCUAAAAGAACUUGAUCUGUCCUGGAACAAACUUGGAGAUUCAGGAGUGAAGCGUCUCUCUGCUGGACUGGAGAAUCUUCACUGUAAACUGGAGAUACUGAGGUUGAAUAGUUGUGGCGUAUCAGAUGAAGGUUGUGCUGCUCUGGCUUCAGCUCUGAGAUCAAACCCCUCACACCUGAGAGAAUUUGAUCUGACUCUGAAUAAACUAGGAGAUUCAGGAGUGAAGCGUCUCUGUGCUGUACUGGAGAAUCCUCACUGUAAACUGGAGAUACUGAGGUUGAAUUAUUGUGGUGUAUCAGAUAAAGGUUGUUCUGCUCUGGCUUCAGCAUUAAGAUCAAACCCCUCACACCUGAGAGAACUUCAUCUGUCUGAAAAUCAUUUAACAGACAUAGGGAUGAAGAUUAUGUCUGAUCUAAAUGAUGAUGAACGUUUCAGACUGGAAGUUUUGAGAUUCUGA